GGCGUUGGGUUUCUCGAGACGACGUACUUGACUUAUCUCAAGCUCACAAAUUCCAAUGCAUUAUGCCUCACCGGCGGCGGCGGCGGCAGCGGCGGCGGCGGCAGCGGCAGCUGCGGCGACAUCCUCAGCAGCUGUCGUUUUUGGUGUUCCUCUUCCGCUUAUCGGAAUAGUUGCUUAUGGGUUAGUUGCUACUCUGGGUGUGCAGCUUUUGACUGCAAAGAAGUUGCCUUUUGGAAUUGAUGAAUCUAAUGCUCGCUUAGUAUUGCUUGGGACUUCAACUUCCAUGGCAGCGGCUAGCGCUUGUUUUUUCUACAUUCUUGGCACAAAGUUUUCAGGAGCUUCUUGCUCGUAUUGCUUGUUAUCCGCUUUGCUCUCUUUCACCUUGUUUUUCAUUACUUUAAAGGAUUUUGGGUUGGAAAAAGUACAGAAGGAAGUGGGUUUGCUGUUUUGUAUAGCUUAGCUUGGUGGUUGUGACUCUCAACAGGUCAUAUAGUGCUCUUCCACCUGUGCCCUCAAGGUUAACAAACUACAUACUAAAGCCUUGGUGGGAUCGGGAUGUGGACUGUAAUCAAAUUGACACAUAAAUGUAAGUAGUUCACCUCUAAAAAUUGGGUUACAUCCACUGUAUUGCACAAAUUCUAUUAACUGCAAGACUGGAAAACAACACUCAACUAAUACAUCAAAUCUCUCCCUCCUUUUUGGUCUCACCCCUUAUUGGAGGUUUUUACCCCUUUAUAUAGGCCCUCAAUGAACCCUUCAGCUUGGGUCCUUCCUACUUGGCAUUCAAUCCGCUGACUACAUAGACUAACUUACUAACAUCUUGUCAUCUGCCAUCCAGACAUUUGAUAGCGAAUUGAUGGGUGUCCAGUUAAGAUAACACGCAUUCACAUUGUAAAGUGGACUAAGCCUUCGAUCUGCCUCGAUUGUCGAACUCAACCUCUCUGAGCGCAUUCCGACUCACUUUUCGUUUCAAUCCUAGGUCCCUGCUGUUUAAUUUGGGUAGCUAAAUGGCUUGUUUGAUGUCUGAGUAGACCUUCCCUUAGAGAUUUGUGUCAUAAAAUUGUUAGUCUGCCCAUGUGCUCUCAAUGGUUGACAAACCUUUCGUAUACCCUGGUCGGUUGGAGGGUGUUCGACAAGCCCUUCAGCACUUGGACGUGUUCCUUUCCAAGCCCUUUGGACCUUGGGCUUCUUGGUCUCCCAUGGUCUUUGACUUUGCCUUGGGCUCUUUGUGGUUUCUUUCCAGGCUGGCACCUUCGGAUGAGCUUAAAAAUAUCCGGCAUUAACAUCGCGUAGCACCAAAUUAAUUUUUAUUUUAUCUAAUUAUUAAUGAUCACGAGCCUCAUAUGCAUCAACCAUUAAAAUCAACCUCCACGCAUGCCAUACCACAAUCCCAAAUACCAAAUUAGCAUUUUUUUUCUUUAAUUAGCCAAGUAGAUUAAGGCUUGACCACAUGCCCAUGCCAUAAACACUCUUACUAGUUCAACCCUUGAAAGACUUUUUCUCCUCCCCUCCUUCUACCUUUGGACCCACCCUCCACUAAAACUGCCCGUCCAUUCUAUCCAAACCCUAAUUUAAUCAACAGAACGCCAACUCAGCAAUCAGACACCCAGAUACCUCCAAUAACGGAAGAUCCGUCCGAAUAUUCCAUUCGCCCCCUUAAUUCCUGAGCCAGUCACGAAAUAAUACCGCUUGUCGUCGGCUACAUAAUUCUCUCUCAUCCAACGCCAUUGACCCCCUCAUCCUCCCUUCCCGCUUCAAAAUUCUGUCACAAUUCCCCUCACUUUCUCGCCAUCCAAACAGGCAACAAGAAAGUAAUACUAAACAGAAAGAAAUGCAUACUCCAAUCUCCGAUUCCGAGCAGCAGGAACUCAUCGAGAAGCUCGACAUCUUCAGGAUCAGGGGACGUGACAAACGCGGCCGCACCGUCCUUCGCAUCAUCGGCAAAUUCUUUCCAGCUCGAAUUGUGAGCGUUGAUGCUCUGCGGAAGUAUUUGGAGGAGAGAAUAUUCCCAGAGAUCGAGAAAAAGCCGUUCGCUGUGCUGUACGUGCACACCGGAGCUCAAAGGUGCGAGAACUUCCCCGGAAUCUCAGCCGUCCGAUCAAUCUACGACGCCAUCCCGAUCGCCGUCCGCAGGAAUCUCGAAGCCGUGUAUUUCCUCCACCCCGGCCUCCAGGCCCGCCUCUUUCUCGCCACCUUCGGCCGCUUCUUUUUCACCGACGGGGUAUACGGAAAGCUGAGGUACGUGAGCAGGCUCGAUUAUUUGUGGGAGCACGUGAGGAGGAGCGAGAUUGAGGUGCCUGAUUUCGUGUACGAUCAUGAUGAGGACUUGGAGCACCGUCCGAUGAUGGACUACGGAUUGGAGAGCGAUCAUCCGAGGGUGUACGAUGCGCCCGCGGUUGAUUCGCCUGUGUCGACGUACUCCAUGAGAUGCAUCUCUUAGCUAGUCGUAAUAAUUGGGAAGUAUUUUUUUUGUUCUUCUCGCUUUGUUACAAUUUAGUGGUUGAUUAGGAUAAAUGUGGUUGUAUUUAGAUAAUAUAUAUAAAUCCAAAUUUUCAA